GGGACUUUAUUUAAAUUUUGAACAGUCAAAAUACUGACUGACAAACACGACACUAAAAUGCUCACUAUGCACUAAAAACAAUUGAUAUCUAUUCAGUUUAAACUUAUACAUUUGUGUUGUAACACAAGGAAGUAAAUAUCAAUUUCAAAUUCCACGUAUCCAGUAUCAACAGCAAAAUAUUUACAUUAGAAACCUGUGAGACAAUUUGAGGAUUACAAUUUCAAGGUAAAAGAUGGCAGUCCCAGGAAAGAAAGCAUCGAAACAAUUUUCAUCAUCAACAACAUCCAUGGCAUCAGAUGAAGAUCUUCAAAUUUACUGCCAGCCUUGUGACGAGGAAGGAACUAGACAUCAUGCCCAUGGUUACUGUACUGAAUGCAAGGAACACCUUUGCCAGACAUGCUUUAAAGCUCAUAAGAUAAACAAGUUUACCAAAAAGCAUACACUUCUCGAUGCAACAAGUAUGCCUAAAGUUUUGCAGCACCCCUCAACAUCCAUUGACUCAGGCCAGUCUGAUGCUCUGACCACACCAUGUCUUAAACAUCCACAAGAAACGAUCAAGUUCUACUGCAAUAAUCAUACAGAAUUUCUUUGCAGUGUUUGUGUUACCCUUGAACAUCAAGCUACCCCCUGCAAUGUUGAUUAUAUACCAGACAUUUCUGGUGAUAUAAUAGACAGCAAAGAAUAUCAAGUUAUCUUUAAUGCAGUAAAUACUACUUCUGCAAGAUUUCAACAGAUUUUAAAAGAUGUCAAGGACAGUACACACAAAUCAAACAGCUCUCUCAAAGAUGCAUUAGUUGACAUUAAAAAGUUUCGGCAAGAAAUCAACGAAAUACUAGAUAAACUUGAGAGACAGGCUGAAGAUGCAGCUAAAGUCAUAGAACAAGAAAAUAAUAAACAUCUGAAAAAAGUAGAAGAAAUAUGUGAAGAUAUAACCAAAUUUCUGAAGAAAUCAUCAGACAAAAUCAAACAACUCCACACAACAAAACAAGCUGAACAACUCUUCAUUGAUUUAAAACUUGCAGAGAAAGCAAUCAAAGAUAUAGAAAGAAAAUUACAAACAAUGUCAUCAAAUGAUAUCAAAGAGCACAACUUUCAAUCAAAUGAUGUAAUAUUAAAUUUGCUUAAAACAGAGAAGUCACUGGGUACAUUGACACAGAAAACUUUAAAUAAAGAAUGUCAAUCUGUACAAAUAAAGUCACAUGAGGGACAAAUCUACGUGAAUACAUCAAAAGAUGAAAAUUCAUGCAAGAUAACAGGAAUGACUCUGCUGACUCCUGAUCUUCUUAUCAUCACUGACUUCAAUAACAAAGCUGUAAAGAUGGUGGAUACCAGCAAUCAAUCUGUGUCUGAUCAACUACAACUAGAUGGUAAACCAUGGGAUAUCACACAAGUAACCAGUACUGAAGUUGCUGUUACACUUCCUUACAAACAAGCAAUGCAGUUUAUAUCAGUCUCAUCAGACAAACUUAUAAAGAAGCACAUUGUAAAGGUCGAUGGAGAGUGUAAUGGCAUAAGCUGUUUCAAUAGUAAUCUUCUUGUGUCAUUUUGUGAUCCUGCAAAACUUGCGAUCCUUGAUUCGAAUGGCACUAUACUGACAACAAUUGAUGGACAAAAUAUUUUUCAAUUACCAUGGUAUAUCACAUGUAACAGUAGUUCAAUCUAUGUAUCUGACUGGGAUAUGAAGACAGUAACAAGAUUAAACUGGCAAGGUGAUGUGAUAGGUAGUGGUGGUAUGAGUGCUCCUAGGGGAAUGUCACUGUCAGAUGAUGGUACUGUUUUUGUAUGUGACCAUGGGAGAAAUGUAAUAGAAGAGAAAUCAGGAGACUGCUCUGAAGGACAGGUUUUGAUACACAACCUGUUUAAACCAUCGGCAGUAUGUUGGUGUGGGAAUACAAAGAAGCUGUAUACCAGUUGUGAUGCUGCAAAUGUAGGAAGUAUUACCGGUAACUUUCUUCAGAUAUUUAACCUGCAAUAGACUUGAACAGAGAUUUAGUUAAUUAAACAAUGUCAGCAAUUAUUAAAUUCAUCAUUCAUUCUUCUUAAACUGGUCUUAAAGUGACAGUAUGAUGAAAAACUUAGCAAGAUAUUUUUAUGUCAGAACUUUUGUUAUGCGGAUAAAUUAUUCAAUCCAUCCUUUUCUUGUAUUCUUAUAAAUGGUUGUUUUGUGUGUAACAAGGAAACUACCAGGGUAACACUGAGAAUACAUGGAAUAACAAAGAAACCUCAUGCAGUUUAAAUGCCUCACUGGUACGGACAAUGAUAAUAAAUGACCAAUGUUUAUAAAUAUUCUAUUUUAAAAAGGGACAUAACUCCUAAAAUAUUGCCUUCAGGAUAAUGUCCCCUCUUUAAUAUGGACAAUGAUUAUCAAUGACCAAUGUUUAUAAAUAUUCUAUGUUAAAAAAGGACACAUCCCCUAAAAAUAUUGCUUUCAGGAUAAUGCCCCAUAUUUGAUAAGGGCAAUGAUUAUCAACGACCAUUGUUUAUAAAUAGUUAAUGUUAAAAUGAGACAUAACACAAAUAUAAAAAUAUAAUAUUUAUAUAAAAUAUUAAAUAUUUUGCUUCCAUGGAUAAUGUCCCAUGCCUGAUAAGGGCAAUGAUUAUCAAUGAUCAUUGUCUUUAUAAAUAUUCUAUGAUAAAAAGGAUAUAACUCCUAAAUAUUUUGCUUAAAGACCCUGGUCAUGCCAUUGUGUAUUGUCAUGUCAAUCAAGUACUGAAUUUCAAUGUUGAUAUUUUACAUAUUUUUAAAUUAGCCAUUUUGACAAAGGGCAUAACUCCAAAAAUGUUGUUUUUAGAUUUAUGCUCUUCUAAUUAAUGCCAAGUCUAUCAACUGUACCUUGAUGACAGGUUGACAACAUAAUGCAGCAAUCGCAAUAGUUCGGGUUUUAAGUCGUUUUUUUUUUUCAAAACAGACCAGCUAAAAACAACAACUUUGGUUACUUCUUUAGACUCAUUGUUUACAUUUUAUGAUAUAUAUCUGUCCUGUUUCCUGUUUCCAAGAUUUUGUACUUU